CAUUCGCGAAACUGCUCAGUGGUUAUAUACUUCCCACUCCACAGUCCCCGUAGUGUUAUUCUCUUGUUUCACAGUUUUUCUCUCAUCCCUUGCCUUUUCCCUUAGGGUUUGGUUUCCAUUUUUUCUGCUGUUUUGUUCUCAGAGUUUUGUCAAAGGGUGCAAUGUUUAGAGGUUUGUAAGAACAGUGGUCUAGAAUAAGGACGAGGAUAAGAAAAAUAAAAUAAAUAAAAAGAAUUAUCUUCUUCGUAUUCCCCUGCUAAGUCCCCAUAGCGUUAUUUAUUUAAUCUGUUAUGAAAUUUGUUUUUGGUAUUUAAGAAGGUAGAGAGUUAAGGAUAUUAAAUAUGGACACAAAGGUGAUUUCUUCCGGAGUCCAGUACUCAAAUCUGCCGGAGAGUUACAUCCGACCGGAAUCGGAGCGACCUCGUCUGGGCGAAGUGUCGGAGUUCGAGGAUGUUCCGAUAGUCGAUUUGGGUUGUGAAAACAGAGCCCAGAUUGUGCGGGAAAUCGGUGAAGCGUGCAGGUCCUUUGGGUUUUUCCAGGUGAUGAAUCACGGGGUGGGUGUAGAAGCUGUUCGGGAAAUGACAGAGGUGGCACAUGGUUUCUUCAAAUUGCCUGUGGAGGAGAAACUGAAGUUGUACUCUGAAGACCCUUCAAAAACAACAAGACUCUCCACUAGUUUCAAUGUGAAGAAAGAGACCGUCCAUAAUUGGAGGGAUUAUCUCAGACUUCAUUGCUACCCAUUGGACAAAUAUGUUCCUGAAUGGCCUUCUAGUCCUCCCUCUUUCAAGGAAAGCGUGAAAAAAUACUGCGAAGAGGUUCGGGAAUUAGGGUUGAGAAUAGAGGAAUACAUAGGAGAGAGUUUGGGGCUGGAGAAAGAUUACAUAAAGAAUGUUUUGGGUGAACAGGGGCAACACAUGGCGGUGAACUAUUAUCCACCGUGCCCACAACCGGAACUCACUUAUGGGUUACCGGGUCACACCGACCCGAAUGCACUCACAAUUCUGCUCCAAGAUCUCCACGUUGCCGGUCUUCAAGUUCUCAAGGACGGAAAAUGGCUCGCCGUUAAGCCCCACCCCAAUGCCUUCGUCAUUAACAUCGGCGAUCAACUCCAGGCUUUGAGUAAUGGGCUUUAUAAGAGUGUAUGGCACCGUGCUGUUGUGAAUGUUGAUAAGCCCAGGCUUUCUGUGGCUUCAUUUCUUUGUCCGAACGAUGAGGCAUUGAUUAGCCCAGCUAAACCACUCACUGAAGAUGGAUCUGAAGCCGUAUACAGAGGAUAUACGUAUGCUGAAUAUUAUAAGAAGUUUUGGAGCAGGAACUUAGACCAGGAACACUGUUUGGAACUUUUCAAGAACAAGUAACCUGGCAAGAACAAAAAAUGUUUUCAUGUUUUGUCCUACAUUGCUCCUUUCUUCCCAUCCUAUCCGCACUCCUUGAAGCUCAGUGUUGUUGUCAGUUCUUCAUUUCUUUUUGUUAUCACAAAUUGUGUUUUUGUGUCAGACGCUCAUGAUUUCUGGUGGAGGAAGGUGUUUUCCUACCAGCCAUCGUGCUCUAUUUGAUUUAUGGUAGGAAGAAAAAUAUGUUAUUUAACAUUCAUAUAUUGAACCUUCCAAAUUUCCUAGUGCUACUCAUGUAUACUUGGUCUCAUAGAGAAGUGCCAGGGAAAAGUAUUUUAAGUUUAGAAUUCUAUUGUCGCCAUUCUCACAAUCAUGUUUCUCAAAUAUUAUAUUUCUUGGGCU